AUGUGUGAAUAUAACUCUACGCAAGUCGACGAAACUGUGAAUUGUUUGGAGAACCCUUCAAACAAAACAAUCGUAGAGUUACUCACGCCCGACCAACAUGCAGUGAUUGUGACGUACUGGGUGCUGAUGAUGCUGGGAGCAUUCUGCAACCUGGCCGUGCUGAUUAGUUUAACGAGAACUCGCCACAGGAAGUCCAGAAUGGAUUUGCUAAUGACGAAUUUGGCGAUAGCUGAUGUCUCGGUUACGUGCGGAGUCAUACCACUGGAGUCUGCAUUUCCAUUGAUAGGCAACACUGGAUUGAUACAUAAAAAGAAAUUACAAAAUAUCGACGACCCUGCAAUGAAAUCGAAUAAGAACGUCAACCCGCGGACGCGCUUGGGCGUGCGUUUUGCGGAGACGCCGCUAGUGGAGGCGCAGAGGGAGCACGAGUCGCGUGUGGGCCGCGCGCGCACCUCACGGCCGCCGCUGCACCUGCGUUGCGCACCGCACGAGCGACAGCGCGCGCUCUUCAAAGUUGACCGAGCCUGCUCAAGUGCCGCGCGGCGAGUGAGCCGCUUGUCUAGACCCACACGAGUCGUGUGCGGGCAGCGCGCGCGGCUCACGGCUGCCGCCGCGUUUGCGCUGCGCACCGCACGAGCGACAGCGUGUGUUCCUCCCGUGCCGCGCGGUGUAUUUGUGUAUAUGGACCGCUUUGAACACGAAAAUUAA